UUGUUUCAAAACAAAAAUUUGCAGACAAUCGGCAUGCUCAGCGUUUUUCUUAUAUAGAGAUUCAAAGCACGUCAUAAUUACUUACUGGCAAUAUUUUCUGGGACCACACAAACGCACACUACAGUCAGAAUGAAGAUCAACGUGGAUGGCUUAUUGGUUUAUUUUCCAUUUGACUACAUUUACCCAGAACAGUAUAUGUACAUGCUGGAGCUGAAGAGGUCUCUAGAUGCAAAAGGUCACUGUGUGUUGGAAAUGCCUUCAGGAACAGGAAAGACUAUCACGUUACUUUCCCUCACUGUGGCUUAUAUGAAGGCGUAUCCUCUAGAAGUUACCAAAGUCAUCUAUUGCUCUAGAACAGUACCAGAAUUAGAGAAGGUGAUUGAAGAAUUGAAGAACCUGAUGCAGUACUAUGAGAGAGAGGCUGGGGAAGACAGACCUAAGAUAAUGGCUCUAGCCCUCAGUUCAAGGAAAAAUCUCUGCAUUCAUCCAGGGAUCAGCCAGAACCAGGAUGGUAAAACAGUCGACAGUAACUGCCAUCAGCUGACGGCCACACAUGUACGAAUGAGACACAAGAGAGACCCAGAAAAUGUUCCCUCCUGCAGUUUCUAUGAGAAAUUUGAUAUGAAUGGAAGAGAAGUCCCUUUACCUGAAGGAGUAUACGGUUUGGAUGAGCUUAAAGAUUAUGGAAGACGAAGAGGGUGGUGUCCUUACUUCCUUGCCAGAUAUGCAAUUUCCCAUGCAAACAUUGUUGUCUACAGCUACUAUUACCUUUUGGAUCCUAAGAUAGCAGACCUGGUGUCCAAGGAACUGUCGAGGCAAUCAAUCGUCAUAUUUGAUGAAGCACAUAAUAUAGACAAUGUGUGUAUAGAAUCCAUGAGUGUAACCAUCAGUAGAAGAACACUGGACAAAUGUACCCAGAAUAUAGAGGCCCUCACCAAACACAUUGACAGAAUCAAAGACUCUGACACUGAUCGCCUCCAGGACGAGUACAGGAGACUUGUGGAUGGUCUGAGGGAGGCACACAUCAACAGGGAAACAGACGUUGUUCUCUCCAAUCCUGUACUACCAGAUCAAAUUCUCCAAGAGGCAGUGCCAGGUAAUAUUAGGAAUGCCGAGCACUUCCUAUCCUUCAUGAAGAGAUUCCUGGAGUACAUGAAGAUACGUCUGCGGGUACAGCAUGUCGUGUCAGAGAGCCCACCGUCAUUUCUAAAGGACUGUGCGCAAAAAGUCUGCAUAGACCGCAAACCUCUCCGGUUUUGUGCUGAGCGACUGAGAUCCCUACUCAGGACAUUAGAAAUUAUUGACCUCCAGAACUUCACCCCUCUAACUGUCAUCUCUCACUUCGCCACACUAGUCAGCACCUACACAAAAGGUUUCUCCCUCAUCAUUGAGCCAUUUGAUGACAGGACACCGACCAUAUCCAAUCCAAUUCUCAACUUUAGCUGUAUGGAUGCGUCCAUUGCCAUUAAGCCUGUGUUUGAUCGUUUCCAGUCUGUUGUAAUCACAUCUGGGACUCUGUCCCCUAUGGACAUGUACCCAAAGAUCUUGGACUUCCGACCAGUGACCGUGGCAUCCUUCUCUAUGACACUGGCCCGUACCUGUAUCUGUCCUAUGAUUGUGAGCAAAGGGAAUGACCAAGUAGCCAUGAGUACAAAAUUUGAAACAAGGGAAGACAUAGCUGUGAUUCGUAACUAUGGCAACCUUUUGGUCGACUUUUCGGUGAUAGUUCCUGAUGGGAUUGUGUGCUUUUUCACAAGCUAUGUGUACAUGGAAUCUACGGUGGCCUCCUGGUAUGAACAGGGAAUCAUUGACCAGGUACAGAAACACAAACUGCUAUUUAUAGAGACCCAGGAUGGCGCAGAGACUACACUGGCCCUACUCAACUAUCAAAAGGCUUGUGAGAACGGUCGAGGUGCUGUGCUGCUGUCAGUGGCAAGAGGAAAAGUGUCGGAAGGAAUUGAUUUCGAUCAUCACUAUGGCCGUGCUGUUAUCAUGUUUGGUGUGCCCUAUGUUUACACUCAGAGCAGGAUUCUCAAGGCUCGGCUUGAGUACCUUCGUGACCAGUACCAGAUCCGAGAGAAUGAUUUCCUGACAUUUGAUGCCAUGCGACAUGCUGCCCAGUGUCUGGGACGUGUGCUCCGAGGGAAGACGGACUAUGGAGUCAUGGUGUUUGCUGACAAGAGGUUUGCCCGUGCUGACAAACGUGGAAAGUUACCUCGCUGGAUGCAGGAGAACCUGUCCGACAAUCUAUGUAACCUGUCAACAGACGAGGCUAUACAGGUGUCUAAGAGAUUCCUGCGACAGAUGGCCCAGCCCUUCAGCAGGGAGGACCAGCUUGGACUGUCCCUACUCACGCUGGAACAGCUACAGUCAGAGGAGAUGCAGAAAAAGAUACAACAGAAGAUGGCCCUUAUCGGUUGAUAGAGCUGCAUGCACAAUCAGUAUGACAUUAUCAGAAAGGGGACAUAUCCUACCUGUUUCAGUUGACAGCAUGACAUACUCAUGCUCUGUUUGUUGAAUUCAGAUACUGAGAUUAAUAGAAUCUUUCACCCCCUUGGGGGUGAGAUAGGAGAAUCUCAACCCAAGGGGAAAGAUUCUUAAG